AACACCAACACCACUAUUAUCAACACCAACAGUCCCAUCAGAUUUAACACAUUUGAAUCCACAGACAGGUCAGCCGCGUAUGGUAGACGUUAGCCAGAAAUCGGUCAGCACUAGAGUGGCCAAAGCAAUGGCCACUGUAUGGGUAGGCCAGGAGGUCGUGCACCUGAUACAGGCUAACCGAAUCAAAAAAGGAAACGUCCAGACAGUGGCCACUGUGGCCGGUAUAAUGGCUGCUAAGUGUACACCGCAAUUGAUACCGAUGUGCCAUACGAUUGGCAUACAAUCGGUAGACAUUGACACWCAAGUAGUGGACGACGACACCGGCGCCGCCGCCGCCGCCGACACUAUCCGCAUAUGGGCUACGGUUAAGGCCAGCGGCCAGACAGGUGUCGAAAUGGAAGCCCUGACCGCCGUAUCGGUGGCCGCACUGACCGUCUACGACAUGUGCAAAGCUGUUAACCGUAAGAUUGUUAUCAAUGAUAUACGAUUGGUGUCGAAAACGGGCGGCAAAAGUGAUGCCGAUAUUCAAUAG